UUAGUUUAACCCAACCUGCAUCAUAGCCUAUUUAUCGCUUUUACUGCUGAGCUUAGAUUUGUUUUAUUACCUUUCCAUAAUAAUCACCUGUUUGUGAUCGCGCAGCAGCAGCGCCGUGUGCGCUUUUGGAUAACCCGUGAUUAAUGUCAAAAGGCUUGGGUUUUAUUCUCUCAGAAAGUCAAAGUGAUUUGGUUUGAGGCUGCUGGAUUACAAAGACGUGAUGAACAGACUUUGAAUCAGGCUUUUAAGAAAAUGAUGCAUAUUUUUCUUUUUAUAAUUUGUACAAAAUAAGCUGGAUCAUUUCUUAGUUAUUUCUCUUUUUUGAAAAUUAAACUAUAAAAGCAAGCGAGUUCUGCAGGAACAUGGACAUCAUAUGGGAUUCUAAUGUACAACAUGAUACAGAUAAUAUAGGCUAUAUAUAGUGUAUGAAUAUAACCUGAAUAUCAUAGUGACUUGUAUAGGGCCUGCUGGUGUCUAGUAUAGGCUUUAAAGGCGAAUUUGGGAUUUUUAUUUAUCAUUAUAUUGUGAAAAUUCUCACACAAAUCAACCUUAAAAUAUUAUUUCCCACAGGCCACAUGGCACAACUCCCUCAUUGAUUUGUGCCACAUUCUUAAUUUGUCCGGGCAUGGAUCCGUUUAAUCUUUACACCUGACAUCAGCUGAGCCGGUUGUCACCGCAGUGUGCUGUCAUUAAAAUGACAAGCUGAGCAUCACAUUUGCACAAAACAUCACCGGCAAGCCAAGCGUCACUAACCUCCUGUAGGUCUGCUCUGCUCCGACGUGAAAUAACAUUUUAAUCAGCGCGCAUUUCACUUCUGCUCCGCAUCACAACAAGCCAGGGACCAACACUGGAAAAAAAAAAGAUAAUCCUAGUGUAGCCCAUGUCUUGCUGUUCCCAGGCACAGCCGAUCAUCACAGCUUGGGUGCACGGACGCCACAGGCUGUUAUCCUACAACCCAAAAGUCUGUUCGUUAAUCUCAAGAUUUAUAAUCUGACAUGCUCUCCUUCAGUGAUACAAAACCAAUUAACGAAAUGACUCCAAAUAUACUGCACAUUACCCUCUGACAGCUGAAUUUAAAAUAAAAUGGGCUAAAACUUAACAAAAUAAUGCAAAGUGAGUUCGUUAUAAUUAACAAAAGAAGAAAAACAUCUUUUGUCCACACAUUCAGUUCAGAUGCAUAUCAAAGCUUCAAAGCAGCCUUGUUUUGGACACUGCAAAGCUCCACCAAAAAUGUAAAUGAAGUUAAGAAAGAGUUGUUUGUUGAGAUCCUUUUGAGCUUUGGAGGGUUUUUUUAGAGAGAGAGAGAGAGAGAAGCCCUGAGGCUUAUUGCGGUUUGAAACAAGCACUUAACCACCACUGUGAAACACCGACAUCACAAUGUCAUGGGUUUAUCUGAAUGACUAUUAUUGUUAUUACCUAGGCAUUUAAAUCGGACAGUUGCAUUAUCUUAAUAUCUUGCUGGAGUUAUUUUGAGUCGGUAAACAGAUGAGCACGAGGAUUUAAUUAAGUUAAAUGGCAUCCAUAAAGAGCACGGAUAUUAUUCUACCAUACAUCUGAUAACAGUUAAUGUAAUAACCACAAUUGUGAAUAAUAAUUGGCUAAUAAUAAUAAAAAAAAUAAAAAAUAAAUAAACAAAUGAUUAUUAUUAUUAAUAAUAAUGAUCAUUUUAAAACACUUUUUUUGUUUAAAAUGUUUAAAAUAAUACUUGAUGCGAUUAGGUAGGCUACAGUAAAAAAUAAAAUAAAAUACAAUGAAAUAAAAUUAAAAUAAAAUUAAAAAAUAAUUUAAAAUAAUUCCAAAAAUGCAAACAGAUAUUUACAUUGGCAUAUCCUGACUUUAAGAUCAGUUAUAAAAUCAGUAGCUUAGUUUUUAUACUAAAAAACUCUGCAGUAUUUUUCCUGCUAUAAUAAACAUGGCGCCUUUCUUAAUAAUUAUUAAGAACACCAUCAACAUGCUGGAACACCUCGAACCGAGCACUGUGAUUGGCUGAAAGCCUCUCAGUAACCUAGCAACCCGUCACUGCAACAUUUCCCUAUAAUAAAGCUGGUUCUGACACAAAUUGUAUCACGAUCUAAUUCAAUGUUUUCUUACAUUUUUACUUAUGAGCAAUUGAAAAUGAGUUGUUUCCUAAUUUUUGGAGGGUUGUUUUAAAUCUCUUCAUCAUCUCAGUGUGUGUAUAAGGAAUAUAAUCCUGAAACAGAGCCUACAGGUGUCCUCAGGUUACUGAUGAUGCGUCUGGAGAUACAAACAAACUUAGUGUUGAGAGACUUCUCCCACUGUGGGCCACUUAAAGUGGGCUCUAGUAAAGUCACUGGGUUUAAAUGUCUGACUCUGCACAGACGGACAGAAUUCUGAUUGGACCAUCAUCCCGCCAAUCAGCAAUAUUUUCAUUUUCCCUUUUCCCCUGACAUCACCGCGCAGGGUGCCGCCCCCUGUGCGCGCCUGUGCACAUAUAGUACAGUGUUCAUGUGUUCACCAAUAAGACUGAACAUCGCUUUUUCUGCCAUAAGAGGGAGUCAAGUUUCUUAAAUGCACCGUUUUCUCCCGCUGCACAAACAGAACUCCAGAGCACACUGACCGGACACAGGGGGGGGAAAUAUUGCCUGAUUAUUUUCUCCCGUAGUGGCUGUCGGGAAAACUCAUAUCUGCGGUUGGAUAGUGAGUCGGUCGGUCAGUUCGCCCCUUCAGCAUUCACCCGCAACUUCGCCUGUCCGCCGCAGCUGAAGAACAAGGUGGUUCAUGAUCACCAGGAAGCUCUUGGGUUUUUCAUACCUGGAUUAACUCGCAGGCGACGAGAUUGUUUUCUUGUGCUUUUACUCUUUUGUAACGGGGAGACUUUUUCUCUGUCAGAAUGUUGUGGAAAUUAGCUGACAACGUCAAGUAUGAGGAUGACUGUGAGGAAAGGCACGACGGCAACAGCAAUGGGAACCCCCGGCUGCCUCACCUGCCCGCGGUCAGCCAGCACCUCUACAGCCCGUCUCCCUCCCUCUCACACCCGGCCAGUUCGGACUUCCAGCCCCCGUACUUCCCGCCUCCCUACCAGCCCAUCUCCUACCCGCAGUCCAGCGACCCUUACUCGCACCUCGGCGACCCUUUCAACAUCAACUCCAUACACCAGUCGCCGUCGUCGAACCAGCAGCAAUGGCCCGGGCGGCAGGGCCAGGAGGGCCUCGGAGCGCACGGGAGGAGCGGGCUGGCGAGUCAGAUCCUGGGCCUGGAGGGAGGCUCGUCCGGGGUGAGGAGGGAAGGGUUCCGGCGGCCGGAGCUGCUGCCUCCACAUGUGCACGGCAUAGAGUCGUCGGUUAUUGGUGAUAACAUGGGGAUGCACGACAUGGGGCACGGGAUGGAGGAUGUUCAACAUGUAGACGACCACAGUAUUAUUAUGGCAGAUCAGACAGUCAUCAAAAAAGUAUUAGGACUACGAGGUGGCAGGAACCUUGAUCGCUUACAGAGGACUUAUUAUCAGGGGGGCAUUCUUGCGGGUCCUGUCACUCUUCCCAAAGGCAACGCGCUGGGUCUUCCGUUCCAGAAAGAGUCCCUGCUGGGCAUGGUGUCGAACCCCACAGAGGUUUUCUGCUCCGUACCGGGCCGUCUUUCCUUGCUGAGCUCCACAUCCAAGUACAAGGUUACCGUGGCUGAAGUCCAGAGACGUCUAUCACCCCCUGAGUGCCUCAACGCAUCGCUCCUGGGAGGGGUUUUACGCAGAGCCAAGUCAAAAAAUGGAGGUCGCUCUCUGAGAGAGAAGCUGGAUAAGAUUGGACUCAACCUGCCUGCAGGAAGAAGGAAGGCAGCGAAUGUCACUCUGCUUACCUCACUAGUAGAAGGUGAAGCUGUUCAUUUAGCGAGAGACUUUGGUUACGUGUGUGAGACAGAGUUCCCUGCAAAGGCAAUUGCUGAAUACCUGGGCAGGCCGCACGUGGAACGCAACGAGGUUAACUCUCGCAAGAACAUGCUGCUUGCUGCCAAGCAAAUCUGCAAGGAGUUCACUGACCUGCUCACUCAGGACCGUUCACCUCUGGGAAACUCGCGGCCAGCCCCCAUCAUGGAGCCUGGAAUCCAAGGCUGCCUGACCCACUUCAGUCUCAUCACUCACGGCUUUGGCUCUCCGGCCAUCUGCGCCGCCAUGACCUCGCUUCAGAACUACCUGAACGAGGCCCUCAAACAAGUGGACAAGAUGUACCUGAGCUCUGGUAGCGACACCCAGGGAUCCUCAGACAGUGGGAGCAAAUCUACCGACAAAAUGGACAAGCACAGGAAAUGAGAGCUCAGAGGAGAAUCCUUAUGAACUUGAGAACCCCCCCCCGACUCCCUUAAUCUCGCCACCCUGUCUGCCCUUUUUGGACUUUUUUCAAAUCAAUAUUGAUUGAUAAGUAUUGUCAUUUUGAGAGCUGAAUUUGUGUGUGAAUGUGUGAAUGUGUGUGUGUGUGUGUGUACUCGCACUGUUAUAUUUUUGUUGAGAAGUUGAUAAUUUCCAAGAACCAUUCACAGCUGGCUACAAAUCAGUCCGCACCUACGGUGAACGCCUGUGCACUGGUCCUAAUGGGAGCCCACCUCAUGAGCGUGUAAAAUACAACAUAUCACACCAACUGCAGUUCCAUACAGUUGCCAAUGUGCUGAUGCUACAACUACGGGACCUGCUGUCUGUUGACAAGAGGAAAAGAACAAAGUCGGUACUGUUUUUUUCUCCCUAGAGGACAUCAUUUCAAGAUGAGUCGCUGUGGCUGUGAAUUCCUCUCAGCUCCCCUCCCCACCUCCUCCUGCUCUGUCUGGAGGCAAAUCCACUGAUUUCCUGUGUCUCAAUGGACUUGCAAAGGACAAUUUUUAUAUGAGAAAGAGAGAGAAGAAAAUCCACUUCAUUUUCUUUCUUUUUUUUUUGUGUGCUUGAUUUGUACGACCACUUCAAAAUGGCUCCAGUGUUAUUGUGCUUUGUUCACGAAAGAUGAUUUGAAUCUUAUGUAGGCCUGAAUGAAAAUGAGAAAAGACGAUUUUUGGUUUUUCAGUCUGUGUUUGGUCAGAAACCAGAGACUUUACAGCCUCUUCAGUGUUCAUGUGAAUUACAGGCGUAGCAAUGCUUGCAUUGUUACUCUCUCUUUAAAACCUGGCGGCGUUAUUUUUGUGACCACGUUAGGUACUCAUCAUUCUUAGUAUUUAAAAAAACCCAAGUUACCAUCAACCUACCAACCACUUCAGCCCUGCCAGAGUGUGUGUACGUCGUGAGAAUGAGUGUAAAUGUAUAUAUUUCUUUCUUUAAAAAUGUUUUUAAUUAGACAUUAAAUUCCAAACAUAGAAUUUUAUCCAGCGUCUCGUCCUGGAUGUAAAUAUUUUCUAAUUUAUGUUGUAAUUUAAUGGGCUUGUGUAAAUAAUGGUAUCAUUCUGGUGUAUGGUUUCACUUUUUAUGAUGACGUGUUCAACUUUUAUAAAUGGGUUAGUUUUUUAUCGAGUAGAGGUUAGGAAGUGGGCAUGAUAUACUUUUCUGAGAAUAUGUAAAAAAAACAACUGUUUUAAAGUUUCAGGAAAAAAUAAAAAUAAAAUGAAAGA